GGCCCAGCCGUUUGCCAUCUCUAUUUUUUGGCUUUUCCUCCUCGCCUCCGUUUUCCCGUGGAGCAAGCUCGACUCGCUGAUGCAGAACGUGGUCUCGAGGCUUCUCUGCCGCUUCGCCUUCGCCUCCUCAUCGCCGCCUUCGACCACCGCUAGUUAUCUCGUUCUCCGCCUCGCCCUCUCUCUUACUAGAGCCCAUACAAUUUCGGCACCUUUGACUGAUGAGGAUAAAGAAACAACAGCAUCUCCCAGUGAAAGCCUAGAUGUAUCUUACGGUUUAAAUGGGGCCCUCGCUGCGAGAGGUGUGAUUGUGAAGGAAAAAGUCUUUCACAACUUGAAAAAGACUGAGCUUCUUAAGCAUGGUGCAACUUCAAUAGACAAUUUAUCAGGAAUUCCACUUUAUGUGAGAGGAGACACUCUUGGUGAAGCUCCCGAAAUUUCUAAGGCUCAAUUCAGUAAACUUUUGAAACAGGUUACUUGUCACAUUUCUUCAGUCUCAAAAAUCUUUGUUGUAGAUGGAGUGAUUGGUUCACCUUCUAAUUGUGAUGCAAAAGUCCGCAUCAUCAGUGAUAAUCCCUCUGCAAUGUUGUCAUUAUCUAAAAUUCUGUGGGAAACACCUAGCCGUGCAAUUUCACAUGACUCUUGCCCAUUGACAGUUUACGUUGCUAGCUCCAUGAGUUCAAGUGCUAGGGACAUUCUUGGGUUUGGUUCACAAGCAUCUAAUGGAUUUGCUGCCGCAGAUGUAGAGCGUUCAUCAGUUAUCCUUUGUGGUAGAGCAUAUGCUAAUACUAAUACAACAAAAUUUGCUCUACUUGCUCUGGCUGCUCCUGUAAUAUCUGCAAGAGGGGGUCUGCCUCUUUCUGCCAGACUUCUAUUAUCCGGUGAUUCUACGAUUCUGCUGUUUGCUCCAGAGGAUACCUUCCUGCGAUGCUCAGAGCUCCAUAAGGUUGCAAUAUCCAGUGAUGCUGGUGUGAUCCUAUCUUUUCAUGGGGCAGCACCAUUUUUCCAGACCACACAUUCCCCAGCAUCUCAUGUGAUAAAGAAGCCAACUUCGUUGGUCAUCGUCAUGGCUGACAGCACUGGUGUUGUCCCGGCAGUAUCAAACUUGUCAUCAGGUCAAGCUGCUUAUCACUUCUUGGCUGGGUAUCAAGAUGGGAAGUUUGUGCCUGCAUUCCUCAAGCCCCCCUCGCCUAUUGAACCACUUGAGCUUGCCAAGGCACUUUUCUUGCAGGUGGAAGAAAGCGAAAUCCCUUCCUACUUGAUCAAUGCCAAUGAUGGUGGAAGGCAUAUCACUGGCAAAAGACUACUGGAGCUGGUGAAGUCGACUUUGUGCAGCAAAUUACCUGAAAGCAAAACUAAUGUUGCAGAUUCUAAGGUUCGAGAUCUCAAAAGGAAAUACAAAAGCUUUUUAUCUGGAAAAUUCAUCAACUUACCUGAAGAAUUCUACUUCUAGAAGUUACAGAAAUACAAAUCAGCUCAUGUUGGAUCCUUCAAUAAACAAACCUCUCCUAAUAGAACGCGGACUAAGGCUCUGAGACAUUGUUCUUGAUUUUUGCUGAGAUCCAUCAUCAUGCACGCCAUGAACCUUUGUCCUCUUGCUGCCACUGGAAUCUCCCAGGUUCAGAGACCGCUUUCUGAAUGACCCAUGCUGAGAAGUAAGACAAGCCAAGAUGCCUGACCUCCGAGAUUUAGGCAUGCCUCUUACUAAUCUGUUAAAUGCCUUGUUCGCCUGAGUAUCAUCGUUUGUAGACUCCAGAACAGGUUGGUUUUCUUUAUUAGCAGCGACCUUCAGUUCCUCUGCAGGAGGCGAAUCAUCUUUCUCGUCUUCUGCAGGAUCACAAGAAUGGAAAUUGUAAGCGAGCAAAAGGAGCGUAUAAAUGCACAAAUCAAUAUGGUUGAGCAAACACACCCUUGAUUUCAUCUUCAAACAAAACAUCCAGAUCCUGGACAGAUAUGGACCACACAGCUGAUCGUAAUGGAGGUCGAUUAUCAUCACUGACAGAAUUCUCAGCCCCAUUCGUCUUGCAUUCAAGUAUCUUAUCUUGUGGUUUGACAGAGGGAAUUUCAACUUGCUCUUCAGGAGAUUCUCUUGAACUGCUGCAACUACCUUCACUGUUUGUAGGAGAAGAAUGAUACCUUUCAAGAUGAUCAAGUACAGAUAUUGGAGAAGUGUCACUGGUGUUAUCCAUAUGUUUCCUCUCUCUUUCCAAGAAGCUUGAGAACCAACAUGAUGUUCCUUGCUUAACAUAAAAGAGCACGUAGGCUUCUUGUUCUAAUACAUACUCCUCAGCAACUCUAGUCACCUACAAACAACAGCAAUGUUAGAACCAUGAUCAUGCCUGUUGUAAAAGGUCGACAUAGUAAAAGUCACCUUGCGGUCA